AUGCUAAUGUUUUCAGAAUGUCCAAAUCCCGUGAAAAAACAACGUUGUAUUAACAAUGGACAGCAGCUGAUGCAUAUUAUUACAACAUUUAAUCUGGAGGGAGAUAAAUGCAAAGCAUCUCAGCAAGAAAUAGAAGUGGAUCCAUGUGCUCACAUUAGAAAAGAUUUCAGUAGAAGACCUCUAUUUCACAUUGGAAAAUGUGAUCCAACUACUUGUAAAGCAAAACGUUCGGACUACCGUUUCAGUGUUAAAAACUGUCAGUGUCAAAUCUUACAAAAGGUGACUGAUGAAAUAUGCUGUUGCCCAAAACCACUAAAAAAACAACCUGUUUGUAAUCACCAGAAGAACAUAAUUGUACAGAAACAAACCCAUUUUUCACUUAUUACUCCAACCAACAAUACACAAUCAUUUAAAUCAUAUUGUCAACCGAAAUCUUCACAGAUUUCUAUCCAAGUGAAGUGUGGUCAAAAGUUUCAGAGAAUUCGGGUUAAACCGUGUGACGGUGAAUUCCAUCAUAUAACUGUAUUGAAGCCAAUAGUUGAAAACUGCACUUGUAGACAGAAAAUUCUACAAAACCUGAAAAUAAGAUGUGGUUGUCCAACCGUCGUACGUCAUAUUCCUGGAGCAUGCAUAAACCAGUGGGCCCUACAUAAGUGGGUUGGAUUAAAAAGUGUUGCUACUGGAGGUGAAAAUCCCUAUCAAGUGAUGGAGAAAUCUUGUAAGCCUGAAAUACUUGAACAAAGACGCAUUCGAUGUGCAUGCCCACCUGUACAAGUGUUUAAAAAGUGCUUUAAACACAAAUUGUUAUCCAUUCAACGUGUUAACUAUAAAUUGAACCAAAGACUGAAUAACUGUGAAAUGUACAAAACAAAAGAAUUCAAGAAACUGAUUUGUCCCAAAACUCAAAUAACACAAACUCCAUGCGGUAGUAAACUAGAAAACUAUGAACAACAUGAAGUAGUCAAAUUAUGGUAUGCUGAUCAAUGCAGAUGCUUAUUAAAGGUGAUCAAGAAGAAAUGGGUGUGCAAUUGUCAUGCACGUUAUCCGAAACACGUCGUAAAGAAAUGUCUGCCAAAUGGAUAUCAACUACUUUCUCUGAAAACAACAUGGCAUAAUCAAGGAAGAAGAUGCGUGAAUAAAACAGAGAGACAAGUGGAACAAAUCAAAUGUCCAACGAAUUUGAAAAUUAUUAGAGGCCAGUGUGACAAAGAUAGAACUGGACGUCUAGCACUGAUCUAUCUACAACAACGUCCUAAAAACUGUCAGUGUAUAUGGCAACGGCUUACAGAUAUUGAGGUUAAAAAGCUGAAGUUGAAAACAUCUGAAGCAUGUCGAUGUCACCGUAAUUUCAUGGUUAAACGAUGCCAGCCAAGUGAAUUCAAUAAUACAGCCCAUUUAAUUAGAAUGUACUUUAAGUAUGCUAUUCAACAAGGUGAAUGUCAUAUUUAUCGUAAAGUUGAGAAGAAACCUAUAGUUUGUCAACCCGGCAACCGAAUAGAAAGAUCUCAGUGUGAUCCAAUCACAAAUGAACGAAUUGAAACUAGAAUAGAUACUUAUCUGGAUGGCUGUCAGUGUCAUCAAAAAUUAUUUAAACGUCGUUGUCGUUGUAGUUGUCCAAAACCAAAGAAUAAUUCAGUUUGCCAAAGUCGAGAUGGUUUAUUGCGAAAAAUUAAAGUAGUCCAUGAAUUUACAGAAGAUCAGUGUACUUGUAAAGCCAAAUAUUAUGUUCAGUCAUCGCGUGUACGCUGUAAUGAACCACCUAAGUUAAUUAAGAUUGGUCAAUGUCAUAAACUGCCACAAAAUGAAUCAGAAUACGUGAAUAAAAACGAUCUCUACAGAAACAUAUUUUGGAUGAAAUUGCAUAGAGUAGGAUGUCAAUGUCAGUACAAACGAUUCAUGGAACAGAUACCCUGCUAUCUUGGAAAACCUGAAUAUGAUAAAAGAUGUAAUCCUAAGACUGGUAUUGAAACAGUUAGGCAGAAGUUACCAUUUGUUGAAAACUGCAAACUACGUUAUCGUGUAAAUGUGCAAUACCGUAAAUGCAACUGUCCUGCACCAGUAACAAAACGUCGAUGUAUCCAAACAAAUAGUGAACAAUUUGUCCUGGAAACUGUUUCCACCAAAUGGAAGUUGUCUGACAGUAAACCAAUUUGUUCACGUUUAGAUACAAUUAUUAAUAGAGUUCCAGUUGAUUGCUCAGAGGAAUAUGUAAAUAAAUCGGAUAAAUGUGUACUAAAUUUGGGUCGUCACGCUUUUGUGCGCGUUGAUCAGGUGACUACAUUUCAUGCGGACGGUUGUCGAUGUAUUGAAAAUAAUGUUCGCCAAGAGUUCACUGUCUGUAAAUGUAUACGUCCACAUAAAGAAAAAUCUUGUCUUUACUCGGAAGGCAUUUUAACCUACCAAAAUGUUCAUUAUGAAGUCUCUGGAGAUAAAUCACGUUGUAUUCCACGUCGAACUCGUCAAGUGUUUAAAGUUGCAUGUUCACCGAUAGGUCCACAGUAUAAAGGUAGGACACAAUGUGAUCCUAAGACGGGCAACUUUUACCACUUAUACGAAGAAAGUAAACGAGUUGGUUGUAAGUGUGUGAAAAAUGAACUACGUAUUCCUGGGAAAUGCAAAUGUCCCAAACCAACAACUGAAAUGAGAUGCUCAAUGCAAAAUAUUCAACAGCUAAAUACAACAACGUAUAAAUUAAGCUCUAAAGGAACAUGCACAAAAUCAGAAAAAUUACAAUAUAAGUAUAUCAAAUGCCCAAUACCUGAUGAACUUCUUCAGGAGUCACCAAAUUACAAGGCUGAACAAAGUGGAUUUACUAUAAAACAUAUUCAUAAGUGUAAUUCAGCUGGAACUUGUUCACGUGUAGUACGUGAAUACAAGAUUUACACAGAUAACAAAUGUAAAUGUAUUAUUGAUAAAAGGCAAUAUAAAGAGGCAUGUUGCUGUCCAACAGAAAAAGAUGUGAAUCAAUUUCAAUUAUCAUCUAAUCUAUCUCAACAAGUUUCUUUCAGUAAACGGUGUGAUGCAAACAAAGGCGAACUACUGACUGACACAAUUAAAUGGAAUCUCGAGCAUGGUAGAUGUUGGCCAGUUUUACAUAGGACCGUUCAACCUAUAAUUUGUAGUAGAAAAGAAUCUUUCAAGCCAAUCGGCUUUUGUCGUUCUGGUCAACAGAAACAUUUACAUCAACGUGAGAUAAGAGUUGGAUGCGAAUGUCGACUGGAUAAACGUGUUGUCAUGAUGCCAUGUGCUUGCGAUCCGCUUGGCAAUGCGGAUGUUGUCUUCCUUGUAGACGAGUCCGUGGACAGUAGACAAGCUGAUUAUUUAACAAAUGUUCAUAAAGUAAUGAAACAUACAAUAAAUGCCUUCUAUGAAUCGUCUCAAUCGACCAAUAUGGAUGAGUCAUUACGUUUUGGUUUACUUAAGUAUUCACUAAAAACAAAAAUUGUUUUUGAUUUGAAAAGUUAUGGUCGUCUACACAAAGUCUACUCCGAGUUGAAGAAACUAAUACUAAAUAAUGGAAAACAAUCUGAUUUGAAGCUGGCAUUAAACUUUGUGAAGAGCAAGAUUAUGCCUCAAACGCGUCCUGGAGCACCACUUUUCAUUUAUAUAAUAACUGAUGGGUUUGGAAACCAAAUGCCAGCUGUUAGACUCCUGACUGACUACCUAAAAUCACAUAAUGUGCAAAUAAAUGCCUUGCUGCUUACAUCAUCGGAGAAAGCUUAUGACUCAAACUUCUUCAAACAAUUAGUCUCUCCGCCAAGUUCGCUUCAUUUAGUUGAAUUAAAAACCGAUUCUGAUCAGUUUUCACGUAAUUUAAGCAGAAUAGCGGACACAUUUUGUAAAAAAGAAUGUACUCCAGCAAAUCAAACCUUCAUCAAAACAUGUAAUGAAAGAGGCGAAGCGGUUCAAGUGACAAUUCAUCGUUACCUGAAGAACUGUAGAUGCAUGACUCAACAAACAGAUAAAAUUGUCCGGUGUCGAUGUACCAAGAAGUAUAAUACUAAAACAUGCUUUGGUGAUGAUGUUAUGGUACAUCAUUAUCAUUACGAAAGACUUCUUGAUGGUGAAUGUUUGCCACAAAGAAGAGAUGUACACAAAAAAUUGGCCUGCAAAAAUCCAAAAGUGUACAAAGCCGGUUGUGAUUAUUUGACAUGUCAACAACGCGUAACAGUUGUCACCUAUGUAGCUCAAAGAUGCAGAUGCAAACGUUUUGUACAAGUUAAACACGAAACGUGCUGUUGUAAAGGAGAUCGUACAACAAGUUAUGCUGGUUGUAAACACAAUGACUUAAAGGUUUUUGAAGAAAAAAUAGUGGAUCCGAAAGUGAAUACGGGUUCUUGUGUUCAACGUGUCCGUUAUUAUUUCCAACCGAUAACUUGUCCAAUCAAACCGUUAAUAACUCGUCACAGUUGCAGAAGAUAUGAUCCUAAAGCUGCCAAGCAGGGAGAAGAUGGAAUCGUUAAAGUUGAUCCAGCCCUCAUCUAUAGAUUCGUUGAAAAAAUCGAAUGGAAAACCCAAGAUUGUUACUGUCGUCGUCAUUAUGGAUCUUACUUUGAAGCAUGUGGUUGUGAUGAAUCAGUUGUUUUCAAUGAUUCGAUGAGAAUUAAACAGAAAUGUGAUCCACAAAGUGGUGUUAUUGUAACUUACAGACAAAAGGUGAGACUAGAAAUAGUUGGAGUUCCAAUUGAAUAUACAAAGUUAAAUCGCCUGAACAAACUGUCUGAUGCCGUUUGCCGAACACAUUAUGUGAUGGAAUCUGCAAGGAAAAUAAUCUGUCCUGAUACAAAAACUCUUGUCGGUCCCUGUGAACUUGCUAAAGACGGACGAGCAUAUAAGACAGUUAAAAUUCAUAAAUGGAAACAGCACAACUGUGUUUGUCAAAAUUUGCCACCUGAGAUAAUGGAAAAACAAUUAUGUGGUUGUCUGCGUUUUAGAUUGCAAAAGAAAUGUGUAUCGUCAAAACCGGAAGGUCCAAUGAACAAAUUACAGGUAUACUUUAUUAGGGAGGAGUUACAUACAGUUAAAUUACCGUCCGGUCAAUACAAAAACGAAUGCAAGGUUGAACAGACAAUGAAGGAAGAGAUUAUCCAAUGCCCAAAAAAUACUCUUCGUUACUCACCGUGUAAAAAGGGUACAUUGGUAGUAACUAUGAAAGUCUACAAAAUUGAUAAUUGCAAAUGCCAAGAGUCCAUCCAACGUUUACAGGUACGAUGCAAGGUGCCUAAGAAAUCAGCAAGCGUUGAACACGCCAAAUCAAUACCUACCAACCAAAUGCCACAUGUGCGACAGCCAGUUGCGGACUGCAUAGAUUUACUGUCUACUGAAGAGUGUGUACAACAGAGUCGGUCACCAGACAAUAUCUGUAGGACAUCUAAUACUGUAUCUGACUUGCUAUGUCGUCGAACGUGUCGUAGAUGCAUAGAUUGUGAGCUGAACAAUAUCAAAUAUGAAUUGACCGAUAAGAAUUACCUAUGUUUGGAUAACAUUCAAGGUUUUCUGAGCGGAUUUUUAAUUAAAUCCAUGGAAUCGACUCUGGCUUCAUGUAAACUAGCCUGUGCUAAACACACUGGAUGCUUAAGUUUCACUUAUUCUAUACCGACAUCAAAAAUGGGAUACAAAACUGCUAAGUGUAUGUUGUACGGAAUAUAUCCCAUAACUGUUGAAAAAUAUUUACAGCAAGAAAAAAAACGACAACCACAACAGCCCACUGACUCCCCUUCACAACAAAGUGAAAAACCCUUUGAUCAAGUAUUUUCUUCUGCAAGUACUGAAACUUGCCUGACAUUCAGGAAAAUAUGCAAAAUCACUUGUUUAAAACCACAGACUAAGGAAAUCUCCAAAUGUGAAUGCAAAGUUUAUAAGAGUUAUUACGGUAAUCCACUGAAGUCACCGAAGUUUAAAAGUUCUUUGCAUUGUUUCAAAAACAUUAGUGUUGAAUAUUAUAUUCAGUUACAGUCAGGUGUUUGUCAAAAACAAAACUGGCAAGGUUAUACACCAUGCAGUAAUCCAAGAUACCGUGAUUUACACAUUAGAGAUCAAGUUAACUGUGAUAACAUGAAUCCAACAUUAUGGUGUGAAGCACAAUUAGCUGCAGAUGAACGCAAGUGUAAGGACGACGUUUUCAGCCAGGUAUGUUCAAAAACAUGUGGUCUUUGUACAUGUCAUGGUGUCAAUGUAUUCAAAGGAAAAUGUAAAUCUACUGGACAAAGAACUGACACUCACAUUACUUAUAAAUCACAUCCAGUUCAUCGAAUUUGCUACGUAGAAAUGAAGACCUAUUUGAAGACAUGUGAAUACUGCCCUGUUGGCUCAUAUGAAUUUGUACACAAAUGUGAUAAACAGAGUGACUCACGCAUAGUAAAUCAAAUUACAGCAAAGUUAAUUCAAAUUCCUUCAAAUAUUGAUGGAAAACCUCAGAUUAAGUGUUCAGUGCAAACAAAGAAUUAUAAAUUCCGAUGUGGAAACUGUUUGGCUGCAUACUCAGAUAAACACUCUUUAUCUCCAUGUAAACGCGUAGCUUCAAGUUCAGUACCGUAUCAAAUUAACCUCACUACAGAAUAUGUAAUUAAUGAAGGUGGUUGUUGUAAAACACGACGAACUCAAAGACAAUUCAACUGUGCUAACUGCCCACCUCUUAAAGUUAAACGCACUUCAUGCUAUAAUGGCCAGAGACUGAAGCAUAUUAUGUUCUUUAUUCGACCAUGGGUUAGUUCAUCUGUGCAACCAAAUGAAUGCAUUCGAAAAAUUAUCACAAGACGUGAAAAGUGUACAGCAGAUUAUCACACAUCUGAAGGGGAAUGUCGUGAUAUACUCAGUCAUAAGGAUUGUAAAGUUAUUAAACAAAGUGGUGGAUGUCAGAUAAGUUCAUAUGAAGCUCGUAAUUUAUGUGCUAAAACAUGUUGUCCACCAACUCGACGAUGGAUUUCUGAGUGCAAACAGAAUUUCCGUUAUCAACGAACAAUUACCUUUAAAUUUGUUAAUGGAACAUGCGUUCGACAAGAGAAAAUUGGUAAACAACGUUGUGGUUGUCCACAGCCUAUAAAUCGUAUCUACUGUGAUGGUAAUGGACGUUGGGUCAAAUGUAAUACACAGUAUGUAUAUAAUCCUAAAACGCACGUUUGUCGACUGUUGAAACAUUGUGUACGCUGGUAUGAUGAGUGCCCUCGCCCAACAAAUCGUAUUGUUUCACAGUGCAGUGCAAAGACUCAAUUUAAACAUGUAAUACAAUAUGUUAAUUUUGUGAGGAACGAAACUAGUUGUAAAUGUGUUGCUGUAGUCAAAAAUGAAUGGACGGAGUUCUGUGGAUGCGACCAUUUAAAUAGAAAAGUUUACCAGUGUCGUGACAACAUUAUCCCAACUAUUGGAUACUGGAAAUAUGAAUUAGUCAAAGGAGAUUGCAUACCAAAACGUAUGAAAUAUUCGAAGCGGCUAAACUGUCCCAAGCCAACUGUGCAAAAUUAUCCAUGUGAUAAUGAUCCAAAAUCACCGAAUCGAGGUUACAAAGUCAGUAAAAUUCAACAUUUCGUUGGACAAAACUGCAGCUGUAUUCCAAAGGUGAAAGUAGAACGAAAGAUUUGCAAUUGCAGUUUAAUACACCCACAAGUUGUUUCAAAACGAUGCGAAAACAACAAUCUUUUAUUAAUGAGACGGAGAUUUUCAACCCUGAUGAGAGAUAAAUGUUUGCACAGUGAAGCUGUAUACAAGAAACCAAUAAAUUGUAAACCGUUGAAACGAAUCAAUGUUGGAAAAUGCCAAAUCGGUCCAGAUUCCAUUUGGACGCAGAAGAUAGAUGAAUUAAUCCUUACAGCAGUAAACUGUCAAUGUGUUUGGAGAGUUAAACAUUCCGAGAAGAAAAUUUGUAAAUGUCCAAAUCCUGUGAAAAAACAACGUUGUAUUAACAAUGGACAGCAGCUGAUGCAUAUUAUUACAACAUUUAAUCUGGAGGGAGAUAAAUGCAAAGCAUCUCAGCAAGAAAUAGAAGUGGAUCCAUGUGCUCACAUUAGAAAAGAUUUCAGUAGAAGACCUCUAUUUCAUAUUGGAAAAUGUGAUCCAACUACUUGUAAAGCAAAACGUUCUGACUACCGUUUCAGUGUUAAAAACUGUCAGUGUCAAAUCUUACAAAAGGUGACUGACGAAAUAUGCUGUUGCCCAAAACCACUAAAAAAACAACCUGUUUGUAAUCACCAGAAGAACAUAAUUGUACAGAAACAAACCCAUUUUUCACUUAUUACUCCAACCAACAAUACACAAUCAUUUAAAUCAUACUGUCAACCGAAAUCUUCACAGAUUUCUAUCCAAGUGAAGUGUGGUCAAAAGUUUCAGAGAAUUCGGGUUAAACCGUGUGACGGUGAAUUCCAUCAUAUAACUGUAUUGAAGCCAAUAGUUGAAAACUGUACUUGUAGACAGAAAAUUCUACAAAAUCUGAAAAUAAGAUGUGGUUGUCCAACCGCUGUACGUCAUAUUCCUGGAGCAUGCAUCAACCAGUGGGCCCUACAUAAAUGGGUUGGAUUAAAAAGUGUUGCUACUGGAGGUGAAAAUCCCUAUCAAGUGACGGAGAAAUCUUGUAAGCCUGAAAUACUUGAACAAAGACGCAUUCGAUGUGCAUGUCCACCUGUACAAGUGUUUAAAAAGUGCUUUAAACACAACUUGUUAUCCAUUCAACGUGUUAACUAUAAAUUGAACCAAAGACUGAAUAACUGUGAAAUGUACAAAACAAAAGAAUUCAAGAGACUGAUUUGUCCCAAAACUCAAAUAACACAAACUCCAUGCGGUAGUAAACUAGAAAACUAUGAACAACAUGAAGUAGUCAAAUUAUGGUAUGCUGAUCAAUGCAGAUGCUUAUUAAAGGUGAUCAAGAAGAAAUGGGUGUGCAAUUGUCAUGCACGUUAUCCGAAACACGUCGUAAAGAAAUGUCUGCCAAAUGGAUAUCAACUACUUUCUCUGAAAACAACAUGGCAUAAUCAAGGAAGAAGAUGCGUGAAUAAAACAGAGAGACAAGUGGAACAAAUCAAAUGUCCAACGAAUUUGAAAAUUAUUAGAGGUCAGUGUGACAAAGAUAGAACUGGACGUCUACCAUUGAUCUAUCUGCAACAACGUCCUAAAAACUGUCAGUGUAUAUGGCAACGGCUUACAGAUAUUGAGGUUAAAAAGCUGAAGUUGAAAACAUCUGAAGCAUGUCGAUGUCACCGUAAUUUCAUGGUUAAACGAUGCCAGCCAAGUGAAUUCAAUAAUACAGCCCAUUUAAUUAGAAUGUACUUUAAGUAUGCUAUUCAACAAGGUGAAUGUCAUAUUUAUCGUAAAGUUGAGAAGAAACCUAUAGUUUGUCAACGCGGCAACCGAAUAGAAAGAUCUCAGUGUGAUCCAAUCACAAAUGAACGAAUUGAAACUAGAAUAGAUACUUAUCUGGAUGGCUGUCAGUGUCAUCAAAAAUUAUUUAAACGUCGUUGUCGUUGUAGUUGUCCAAAACCAAAGAAUAAUUCAGUUUGCCAAAGUCGAGAUGGUUUAUUGCGAAAAAUUAAAGUAGUCCAUGAAUUUACAGAAGAUCAGUGUACUUGUAAAGCCAAAUAUUAUGUUCAGUCAUCGCGUGUACGCUGUAAUGAACCACCUAAGUUAAUUAAGAUUGGUCAAUGUCAUAAACUGCCACAAAAUGAAUCAGAAUACGUGAAUAAAAACGAUCUCUACAGAAACAUAUUUUGGAUGAAAUUGCAUAGAGUAGGAUGUCAAUGUCAGUACAAACGAUUCAUGGAACAGAUACCCUGCUAUCUUGGAAAACCUGAAUAUGAUAAAAGAUGUAAUCCUAAGACUGGUAUUGAAACAGUUAGGCAGAAGUUACCAUUUGUUGAAAACUGCAUACUACGUUAUCGUGUAAAUGUGCAAUACCGUAAAUGCAACUGUCCUGCACCAGUAACAAAACGUCGAUGUAUCCAAACAAAUAGUGAACAAUUUGUCCUGGAAACUGUUUCCACCAAAUGGAAGUUGUCUGACAGUAAACCAAUUUGUUCACGUUUAGAUACAAUUAUUAAUAGAGUUCCAGUUGAUUGCUCAGAGGAAUAUGUAAAUAAAUCGGAUAAAUGUGUACUAAAUUUGGGUCGUCACGCUUUUGUGCGCGUUGAUCAGGUGACUACAUUUCAUGCGGACGGUUGUCGAUGUAUUGAAAAUAAUGUUCGCCAAGAGUUCACUGUCUGUAAAUGUAUACGUCCACAUAAAGAAAAAUCUUGUCUUUACUCGGAAGGCAUUUUAACCUACCAAAAUGUUCAUUAUGAAGUCUCUGGAGAUAAAUCACGUUGUAUUCCACGUCGAACUCGUCAAGUGUUUAAAGUUGCAUGUUCACCGAUAGGUCCACAGUAUAAAGGUAGGACACAAUGUGAUCCUAAGACGGGCAACUUUUACCACUUAUACGAAGAAAGUAAACGAGUUGGUUGUAAGUGUGUGAAAAAUGAACUACGUAUUCCUGGGAAAUGCAAAUGUCCCAAACCAACAACUGAAAUGAGAUGCUCAAUGCAAAAUAUUCAACAGCUAAAUACAACAACGUAUAAAUUAAGCUCUAAAGGAACAUGCACAAAAUCAGAAAAAUUACAAUAUAAGUAUAUCAAAUGCCCAAUACCUGAUGAACUUCUUCAGGAGUCACCAAAUUACAAGGCUGAACAAAGUGGAUUUACUAUAAAACAUAUUCAUAAGUGUAAUUCAGCUGGAACUUGUUCACGUGUAGUACGUGAAUACAAGAUUUACACAGAUAACAAAUGUAAAUGUAUUAUUGAUAAAAGGCAAUAUAAAGAGGCAUGUUGCUGUCCAACAGAAAAAGAUGUGAAUCAAUUUCAAUUAUCAUCUAAUCUAUCUCAACAAGUUUCUUUCAGUAAACGGUGUGAUGCAAACAAAGGCGAACUACUGACUGACACAAUUAAAUGGAAUCUCGAGCAUGGUAGAUGUUGGCCAGUUUUACAUAGGACCGUUCAACCUAUAAUUUGUAGUAGAAAAGAAUCUUUCAAGCCAAUCGGCUUUUGUCGUUCUGGUCAACAGAAACAUUUACAUCAACGUGAGAUAAGAGUUGGAUGCGAAUGUCGACUGGAUAAACGUGUUGUCAUGAUGCCAUGUGCUUGCGAUCCGCUUGGCAAUGCGGAUGUUGUCUUCCUUGUAGACGAGUCCGUGGACAGUAGACAAGCUGAUUAUUUAACAAAUGUUCAUAAAGUAAUGAAACAUACAAUAAAUGCCUUCUAUGAAUCGUCUCAAUCGACCAAUAUGGAUGAGUCAUUACGUUUUGGUUUACUUAAGUAUUCACUAAAAACAAAAAUUGUUUUUGAUUUGAAAAGUUAUGGUCGUCUACACGAAGUCUACUCCGAGUUGAAGAAACUGAUACUAAAUAAUGGAAAACAAUCUGAUUUGAAGCUGGCAUUAAACUUUGUGAAGAGCAAGACUCAACAAACAGAUAAAAUUGUCCGGUGUCGAUGUACCAAGAAGUAUAAUACUAAAACAUGCUUUGGUGAUGAUGUUAUGGUACAUCAUUAUCAUUACGAAAGACUUCUUGAUGGUGAAUGUUUGCCACAAAGAAGAGAUGUACACAAAAAAUUGGCCUGCAAAAAUCCAAAAGUGUACAAAGCCGGUUGUGAUUAUUUGACAUGUCAACAACGCGUAACAGUUGUCACCUAUGUAGCUCAAAGAUGCAGAUGCAAACGUUUUGUACAAGUUAAACACGAAACGUGCUGUUGUAAAGGAGAUCGUACAACAAGUUAUGCUGGUUGUAAACACAAUGACUUAAAGGUUUUUGAAGAAAAAAUAGUGGAUCCGAAAGUGAAUACGGGUUCUUGUGUUCAACGUGUCCGUUAUUAUUUCCAACCGAUAACUUGUCCAAUCAAACCGUUAAUAACUCGUCACAGUUGCAGAAGAUAUGAUCCUAAAGCUGCCAAGCAGGGAGAAGAUGGAAUCGUUAAAGUUGAUCCAGCCCUCAUCUAUAGAUUCGUUGAAAAAAUCGAAUGGAAAACCCAAGAUUGUUACUGUCGUCGUCAUUAUGGAUCUUACUUUGAAGCAUGUGGUUGUGAUGAAUCAGUUGUUUUCAAUGAUUCGAUGAGAAUUAAACAGAAAUGUGAUCCACAAAGUGGUGUUAUUGUAACUUACAGACAAAAGGUGAGACUAGAAAUAGUUGGAGUUCCAAUUGAAUAUACAAAGUUAAAUCGCCUGAACAAACUGUCUGAUGCCGUUUGCCGAACACAUUAUGUGAUGGAAUCUGCAAGGAAAAUAAUCUGUCCUGAUACAAAAACUCUUGUCGGUCCCUGUGAACUUGCUAAAGACGGACGAGCAUAUAAGACAGUUAAAAUUCAUAAAUGGAAACAGCACAACUGUGUUUGUCAAAAUUUGCCACCUGAGAUAAUGGAAAAACAAUUAUGUGGUUGUCUGCGUUUUAGAUUGCAAAAGAAAUGUGUAUCGUCAAAACCGGAAGGUCCAAUGAACAAAUUACAGGUAUACUUUAUUAGGGAGGAGUUACAUACAGUUAAAUUACCGUCCGGUCAAUACAAAAACGAAUGCAAGGUUGAACAGACAAUGAAGGAAGAGAUUAUCCAAUGCCCAAAAAAUACUCUUCGUUACUCACCGUGUAAAAAGGGUACAUUGGUAGUAACUAUGAAAGUCUACAAAAUUGAUAAUUGCAAAUGCCAAGAGUCCAUCCAACGUUUACAGGUACGAUGCAAGGUGCCUAAGAAAUCAGCAAGCGUUGAACACGCCAAAUCAAUACCUACCAACCAAAUGCCACAUGUGCGACAGCCAGUUGCGGACUGCAUAGAUUUACUGUCUACUGAAGAGUGUGUACAACAGAGUCGGCCACCAGACAAUAUCUGUAGGACAUCUAAUACUGUAUCUGCAUUGCUAUGUCGUCGAACGUGUCGUAGAUGCAUAGAUUGUGAGCUGAACAAUAUCAAAUAUGAAUUGACCGAUAAGAAUUACCUAUGUUUGGAUAACAUUCAAGGUUUUCUGAGCGGAUUUUUAAUUAAAUCCAUGGAAUCGACUCUGGCUUCAUGUAAACUAGCCUGUGCUAAACACACUGGAUGUUUAAGUUUCACUUAUUCUAUACUGACAUCAAAAAUGGGAUACAAAACUGCUAAGUGUAUGUUGUACGGAAUAUAUCCCAUAACUGUUGAAAAAUAUUUACAGCAAGAAAAAAAACGACAACCACAACAGCCCACUGACUCCCCUUCACAACAAAGUGAAAAACCCUUUGAUCAAGUAUUUUCUUCUACAAGUACUGAAACUUGCCUGACAUUCAGGAAAAUAUGCAAAAUCACUUGUUUAAAACCACAGACUAAGGAAAUCUCCAAAUGUGAAUGCAAAGUUUAUAAGAGUUAUUACGGUAAUCCACUGAAGUCACCGAAGUUUAAAAGUUCUUUGCAUUGUUUCAAAAACAUUAGUGUUGAAUAUUAUAUUCAGUUACAGUCAGGUGUUUGUCAAAAACAAAACUGGCAAGGUUAUACACCAUGCAGUAAUCCAAGAUACCGUGAUUUACACAUUAGAGAUCAAGUUAACUGUGAUAACAUGAAUCCAACAUUAUGGUGUGAAGCACAAUUAGCUGCAGAUGAACGCAAGUGUAAGGACGACGUUUUCAGCCAGGUAUGUUCAAAAACAUGUGGUCUUUGUACAUGUCAUGGUGUCAAUGUAUUCAAAGGAAAAUGUAAAUCUACUGGACAAAGAACUGACACUCACAUUACUUAUAAAUCACAUCCAGUUCAUCGAAUUUGCUACGUAGAAAUGAAGACCUAUUUGAAGACAUGUGAAUACUGCCCUGUUGGCUCAUAUGAAUUUGUACACAAUUGUGAUAAACAGAGUGACUCACGCAUAGUAAAUCAAAUUACAGCAAAGUUAAUUCAAAUUCCUUCAAAUAUUGAUGGAAAACCUCAGAUUAAGUGUUCAGUGCAAACAAAAAAUUAUAAAUUCCGAUGUGGAAACUGUUUGGCUGCAUACUCAGAUAAACACUCUAUAUCUCCAUGUAAACGCGUAGCUUCAAGUUCAGUACCGUAUCAAAUUAACCUCACUACAGAAUAUGUAAUUUAUGAAGGUGGUUGUUGUAAAACACGACGAACUCAAAGACAAUUCAACUGUGCUAACUGCCCACCUCUUAAAGUUAAACGCACUUCAUGCUACAAUGGCCAGAGACUGAAGCAUAUUAUGUUCUUUAUUCGACCAUGGGUUAGUUCAUCUGUGCAACCAAAUGAAUGCAUUCGAAAAAUUAUCACAAGACGUGAAAAGUGUACAGCAGAUUAUCACACAUCUGAAGGGGAAUGUCGUGAUAUACUCAGUCAUAAGGAUUGUAAAGUUAUUAAACAAAGUGGUGGAUGUCAGAUAAGUUCAUAUGAAGCUCGUAAUUUAUGUGCUAAAACAUGUAGAUUUUGCAAAUGA